UGGUAUGGGGCCCCUUGAGGAGCCAGCCUGAUUACUGGUCCGGGGCCUCCUCGGAAACCUGCUGCGCUGGGGCUUGUUCGCUGGUCGGGGGAGGCGGAGGGUCCCACGCGGGUCCAGACCUCUCCCGGUCCUGGCCAGCCCGUGCUAAAAGAAUGGGAGAGUGGUUCGCCUGAAACACAAUACGUUUGCCAGCCUUCACGUUAUCUGGGAGGAUGUUUCUCAUGAAUGCCUCUCCUUUGGUAGCCCUUCAGAGAAAAUGGGAACUUUUUCCCCGGUCAAGGAAUUGCAGGUACCCGGUCUGUUUCUCAGAAUCUGAAGAUCUUGCUAGAACAGCUGUAAAUGCCAAAGUCCAGAUGAUCAUAAACAAUCUGCAAAGUGAAGAAGUGGCCUUGGGUGCUAGCAGUGAAUAUGGCUGCAUCGUGCAGAAGAAACAGAAGAGAACAAAAGAUAGAGGACACAAAUUUAGGAGGAAUGACCAGGUGCUGCAGGAACAUGUUAAAUACACCCUUCAUAACUGCCCAGCAGACUCUGAUGGAAUGGACAUGGAAGAGAGCACAGAGUUUGGACCCCUCUCCUUGAAUUCUGACAGUGAGGAUUCUGUUGAUAGAGAUAUAGAGGAAGCCAUUCAAGAGUACCUGCGAAACAAGGGCCAGAACAUUCCCCCAUUACCAAAUAAUACCAAGAAUUUGCCUGGUAAGGAUGAAGAUCACCCUGCCCAUCAGGAAUAUCCUUCCCAUGAUGUUGCUUGUCAUUUAUGCCCUGCUGGUCGUGGUCCAGUCAGUGUGGCCCAGCAGUAUGCCGUUCCUGAUCACGUUGGAGAUAAUGUUGUCCGAUGGGCUUCCUCCCCUUGUAGUGCAAGCAGCGAUGACUCUUUCGAACAGAGCAUAAAAGCUGAAAUAGAACAAUUCUUAAAGAAAAAGAAACAGCAAGCAACAAAGAAGAUCACGAGGAGGAAUAAGCAAUUUCAUCAGACAGAGUUUCAAGAGAAGUUAGCCAUCAGUCAGAAAGGCAGCAUUGACAGAGGGAAUCGAAAUUCUUUAAAGCAGGGGGGCAAGGUGUACUUCCCAAAACAGCAUCCUGAACUACAAAGCAUCAGCACGCCUAAAUGCUUGAGGUCAAAAACCAGCAAGGAGCCUGCAGCCUUAGAAGCAGAAAGGCAAACAGACUUUUCAACUCCAACAGUUCAUUAUUCCUCCGUCCUGGAAGAAAGCAAAAAAAGUGGGAAGAGGCAGGUGCUUUGCAAUGCCAGAAGAGAGGAAAGAGUCAAAUGUAUAGAUUUGUCUGAUUCAAGCAGUGAUGAUGGGAUUGAAGAAGCUAUUCAGCGUUACCAGCUUGAGAAGAUUAAAAAAGCUGCAGAGUCCAGAGCAGGCUACGUUUCUUUGCAGAAGGAAGAGUUCAGCACCAGCAAGGCAGAGAAUAUCUCCCCAAGCCUGACAAGCGCUUUGCCAGAAGUCACUCAGAAAGCUCAGAGCUGCAGGAGGAAAGAUGCCAGUGCAAAGCCAGCAGUAUUAAAUAGGUCCGGUGCCACUUGUGAUGAUCUGGGAAAAGACACAAGCAAUUCUCCUCCAGAAGACAGUUUUGCCAAAUGCACAGUCACAUUUCAGGCAUCUUGUCGAGCAGAUACUGCUGCAGAAUUAAUGUGUGCAGAAGCCAUACUAGAUAUCUCCAAAACUAUUUUGCCUCCUCCCACAGCAAAUGAUAGCAAACUAUUUACAACAAGUCCUUUCUUUUCUUCACAGAACAUGCUACCUUUCCAGCAUGAAAGUGACAAUACUGUGGAUAGUGAUGAUAGCAUUGAGCAAGAGAUAAGAGCUUUCUUAGCUGUCAAAGCAAAGACUGGACAUUUGAUAGCAAAAUCCAGAGAUGUCUCACAUGCUUUCAAAAUGCCUCCCUCUUUGGGACAGUGCAAUGAGCAGAUUCAGAGUUCGAAGCAAAUGUUCCCCAAAUGUUUGAAACUGCCACUGAAUCACAAAAAAAAACUUAAGAGGAAAAAUGAAAUAGUCACCCAGAAUGAGGACACACAAUUGAUCUUCUCAGAGAUGGACUAUUUGGAUAAGAAUCUUUCAAAGUCCUCUGUAACCCAACUGAAAAAUGAAAGAACUGGAACUGGAAAGGUGGUUAUAUACCCAAAAGACACUCUAACCACUCUUAGUUCUAUCAGUCUUGCCAGUCCUUUGUCUCAUGCGCUUCAUGGUUCUGGAAGUCUUGUUCAAAAUAUAACACGGGGUCAGCAGAAAUACGGAGCAGAUGAUAAAAGCAGCUCAUUUGAUAGUGAUGAGGAUUUGGAUACAGCUAUCAAAGAUCUCUUAAGAUCCAAACGGAAGCUAAAGAAAAAAUCCAAAGACCAAAGAGUUCACUGCAAAAAGAAAGUCAGACUUGGUGAUUCUGAAAUGCAUAUUUUUUAUAAGGAUGAGAGAGACAGCCAAUCCCAAACUCCCACCUUAUUAAAAAAGUGUCUCGUAAGUUCCAGGAGAGACAUUAGAGGGGGGAAUGUAAAGAAAGGGCCCCUGAGAAAACCAAAAGCUACCAUAGAGUUUGAACUUGAAUGUAAAAAGGAGUGCCAGGCCAGACCGGUUUCUGGAGCUGAAAUCCAGGAGGCCACAAAGACUCAUCCAUGUCUGUGGGCUGUGACGUCCUUGGCGGAUGACAGCAGUUCCAUAGACAGCGACGACAGCAUUGAGCAAGAAAUCCAGAAGUUCUUGGCAGAGAAGGCUAAAGCUUCCACAAGGGCCGGGGCAUCACCAGGUGCCGGUGGAGUUGCUGAGACCUCGGGGGCCGGAAAGCCUCGGGCUGCUCUGCCGAAGCCAAGGUGGCAGCUCCUCGGGCGUGGAGGCAGUGCCUCGCAGAGAGAGGGUGAAAAGGUGGGGAGUCUGGACCGCCCAGUUCCUGAGCCGGGCAGCCAUCUGAGAUGCACAGGAGAGACCGAAGGAAGCGCAUCUCACCCCAGUGAGCCAGUCGGAUCAUUUGUGGAAGAAGGGGGCAGUCAGGCUCCAGUGGCAAACCCACAAACUGUGGAAACAAAGGGGACUGAGCUACCCAUAAAAAGAGCUGCAGUCCAAAGAGAGGAUACUUGGGGUGACAGGCUUGAUCGAAGGGCCCCUUCAUCUGGGAAGGGCAAAGUGGAGAGUUGUAAAUGGCAAAAUUAUUUAAAGACCGUGCCCUCUUUCAAAAGGAAGAGCUCAUAUGAAUUCAAAAUAUCCAGCAAAUUUCUAGCAAGUCUCAAAGGUGGUGGGAAUAAGAAGAAGUCUGUGCUUUUGGGGAAAAGACAGGGCAUCAACCUUUCUUUGCUCGAGAAGCAUGGAGGUAUCUUGGCAGCAAAUUUGUUUGGGGAGAGGUCUCUGCCCAAAGAGGUUGUGGGUUCUGGAAGUGAGGCAGGAAUAAGAGAAGCAGAUCAAGGUCCUGGGUUCCAGGCAGGAAGUUUGCAUCCCUGCAGACAGGAAGGGAAUGGAGGUACCCAGGAGACCACCAUAUUUAACAAAGUGGUAAACUUGGCCAAACCUCAUCCUGUGGAAAGACACAAUGUAGAUUCCAGCCAAAGCCUCGCUUUGCAAGAGCCUGGCAUGGAGGCGACCAGAGAGGCCACGGUUAGCCCAGGGGUAGCACAGAUUGAAGUCCCUGUGAGGGAGGGAAAAAUCCUGGAGCGCAGCACCAGUUGGACCAAGUGUAAGGUUCCCGACGGCCCUUGCGAUUUAUCCCUGAGAGACGAAGUGGUCAGCCAAGGUAGGAUGGCAGAGGAAGAAACCCAGAAGGUUCUAGGGGCAGGUUCUGCAGAGUUUCCAGGUGGCCAGUGGGAGAAUACACACCCUGUCUCCUGAAGACACAAGGUUUCCAGUUUAUAAGUCCUUUAUUUUACAGCAUUGGCUUUUUAAAAGGCAACUAAAAGAAAAGUGUUCUUCGUUAAAACUUCUCACAAGAGGCUUAAUAUCUGUUUUGGAAGAGAUGACAUACGAAGACUGAUUCAAGUUCCAGUUGCAUUAGGAGCCUGGAUCAGUCCAUUCGUAGUGGGAAGUGUGUGCUUAUGGAAAGCAACACCUCUUGUCACAAAGAUUUAUCUGUGUUAAGAGAAAACAUAAUGAUGGCAAAGCAACCAAAGUGAUCAUAUUUUAGGGAACCUGAGACUGAAAGGAGAGGCAGUAAAUACAGAGGUACUAUCCAUGAUGCCCACACUUAGAAAGAAAUGCGUCUCCAAUUUCACCUAUCCAGGUUUUAUUUUCUCUUUUGGUAAGAAUGAUUCCUUUAUAUGAAAAGGGUGAUGCUUUAAGGCAAUCUUUAUACGACAUUUUAUACAGCAUGCUUAACUGCAGGUGUUUGUAGUUAAUAGGGUUUUUCAUAGCAGAUGAUUAAGGUCACUGUGUUUUCAGGCUGUUUUCUGGUAAGCCUUCCAGGUCUGUGGGGCUCUCCUCCCCCUCUAGCCUUCAAGUCCCCAGGCUGCAAGGUUUUGGGAAGCAGGAUUAUUAUGGAGCUGGUUCAACAAAGGAGCACAAGGUUGGAGAAGGAUGCUCAAACUGAAGUCCUCUUUUACCCUUUUAAGCGUUUAUCAGCUGUGAAGAGAAUUUUAAAAAGUUGCAGAACAGUGAAAUCUGUUAUAAAUGGGCCACUUAUAAAAAAAAAAAAUCUUUUUAAAAAAAUAAUGUUUUUAUAAUUGAAACUCAUAGAGGUUUUUUUUUUAAAAUCUCAUAGAGGCCAUUCUGUUCUUUGUCUGGCUUUGUCCCCCCCAUUUUUCCUUUCUUCCUUGUUUAUGGAAUUGCCAGGCUGGCCAGGUUGGUCCAGAGGGUUGCACAGGAACUCUAUGGCCUGCAGCCUGGGCUCUCUGGGUCCAAUAAAACAAAGGGGCAGGACUGGCAAACAGAAGAGCUGCUUUUCUGCUGGAGGGCCUUCGGGGAGGAGAAUUUACAAGGACUUGGUUGUAUUUGCCACUCUGAAACUCCUUCAGUUCAAAAUAAUGGGCAUCCUCAAUAAUGCCAAAGGGAGGAAUCCCAAGUCUGGAGGCAUUCUUUUCUUUCAGAUUCUUAAAAAAAAAAAAUGAGGUUAUUUCAGGCUGGAUCACUAAAGGGUAAAUGUUGGGGUAGGAGAGCAGCCUUAAUUCCAACUGAAAUUUAAUCUGAUCUUUUUCUAGUGGCAUUUUUUUCUGUUAAUGCUGCUUUUAUAGGAUUAAAGUCCUGUGAAUAUCAAGUUAGCCUGUUUCUUCUCUGUAAACCCUACUGGACGUUCCUUUCACUUACAUUCUUGGGGACUGGGUGUGUGUUGGAGCCUUUGUAUUCAUUUCCUGUUGAAUUUCAAUACUUUGUAGCUUGUAAUUUCAAUGUUCUUUGAUUGAAGAUGCACUUUUUAAAUUAAGAAAACUUGUUUUGUAUAUAAGAAAUGGUGUACAAUCGUACAUUUAUAAGAUUUAAUAAAAUGAUUUCAGAUCAUGAACCAUGAUCCAGAACCUA